UCACUAGUCCAAUAACGGCUGCUCCAAACUGUAUGAGAGACGACCAAACAAUCAUCCGCGUGUGUUUGACUCAAGCAGUUCUGUGAUUCGAAUUUCAAAUGUGGACGUAAAACUUUAUUCAUAAAUAAAAAAUAAGUGAAUGUGAUGUCUUGCCGGCCAUGACGUGUGUGUGAAUAAAAACUUUUUGGAAGUUGGUUUCUAUUUAUGAAAGUGUUUUAAAUUGUGCUGGUUCUAAGAAGACGUGCAAAAUGACUCGCUCAAAUAAUUUGUUUCGCCAAUAUCAGUUAAUCACAUCCCGGCCAUCCAGACGCCACAUAUCCUCUUCAUCAUCAGACCGCACGUCGACGUCUCCGCAGCGGCGCGGGCCGGCCGUGGGGCGCCGGCUGGCGGAGCCGCGCCGGUUCAGCGACAUCCCUGGACCCAUGGCGCUGCCCAUGAUGCGGCACUCCGCACAUAUCCUGCCGAGGAUAGGUAGUUUCCACCACGUGGUGGGCCUGGGUCUGCUGGACAGUCUCCGCACCAGGUACGGGGACCUGGUCCGCCUGGCCAAGGGCUCCCGGACGCGGCCGGUGCUCUACGUGUUUGAUCCAGAGAUGAUGAGAGAGGUGUACGACAGCAGCGCCACCGCACCGCCACACUGGGAGGGGUCCCCGCUCUCGCAGCAACGGAAGACCAACCCCAACCGAUGUCCGAUACAAGGGGAUGAAUCGAAGGCAAUAUGGGCUGCUUUAAGGGCUCUUCUGCUGGACGGAUCGUUACUGAAAAACUAUGAAAAGGCUUUUGAUGAUAUCGCCACAGACGCCACUAGGAGACUAGAAGAACUUCGGCAUGCAGAGAACGCGUUGAACGAGGAAAUAGAGACUGAACUAUACCGGUGGGCGCUGGAGUCCCUGGGCGUGCUGGUGUUCGGCACCCGGCUCGGCUGCCUCGACGGACCGGCCCAUGUGCCCACCGACGAGAACAGAACCCCAGAGCAGACCUCCCUCGAAGACGACGCUCCCCCAGCCCAGUGCUCGCUCACGAAGCGCUCCCUGGCCGGGCUGACAGCGGCCGAGCGUCUCGUCCGCGCCAGCCGCGACGUCGCGUCAGCCGGCUGCCUCGUGCGGAGCGAACUCACGCUGCGCCCCGACACGGAAGGAUUUAAUGAGGCUUUGAAGGCGUUUGAUACUCAUUUUAGCUUAAUGGAACAUUUCCUGAAACAAGGACUAGAAGGAAUCGACUCCGGCGAGUUAGCGCCUGAAAAGAGCCUCCUCGACAAACUGCGGCCGCUGAAGAACAGGCUUCUCCCGGUCACUGCUGACAUGAUGCUGGCUGGAGUGGAUCCGCUAGCCCAAUCAGCACUGGGUAUGCUCUACCACCUAUCCCUGCACGCCGCACAACAACAGCGCGCUCACGACGAGGUAUCCUGGGCCGCAGCCUCACGGAGCGCCGGCGCCGGCUGUCCCGAACUCCCCUACCUGGCCGGGGUGGCGCGGGAGGCAAUAACAAUAGCCUCAGGCUGCCCCGAGCUGCCCUACCUGGCCGCGGUGGCGCGGGAGACACUGAGACUGCACCCGGCCACCGGAGGGGUUGUCAGGAGGAGUCGCGAGGAGUUUGUGGUGGCGGACUAUGUUGUGCCGGCUGGGGUAGACAUAGUGCUUGCCCACGGAGUGACGAGCAAAUGCGACAAAGAAUGGGGAAGACCGAAAGCUUUCAUCCCCGAGCGAUGGUGUUCAGACUGGCAGCCGCUCAGCGCGAGCCGGGCGCAUCCACUCGCGUCCAUGCCCUUCGGAGAAUCCUGCCCAGCUGAAGGAGUAGUCGGGAAAAUGCUCGCCUCCCUCGCAACCAGGGUUCUAGACAAAUACAGGCUGGAGUGGCAUGGCCCGCCGCCCAACCUUGUUACCGCCGGAGUAAACAAAAUUCAGCAGCCAUUUUAUUUCGUUUUGAAAAAUGCUGCGUGAUUUUUGCGCGAUGUGGACGUUACGUGACAUAUUUGUAUCCGUAUGUGAUAUUGAUCUAGGUUUUGAUUGUUUGGAUUGUGUUGUAUUUUAAGGUUACAAAGCUUAAAGUUAGGUGCUUUAACAAUAAAUUUGUGAUAACGAUUCCAUUAUUCAUGUGUUGUCCCGUUUGAUGAUGAGACAAAUUGUGGUAGAGCUAUACCGAGGCUAAGCCAUGUUUAUUUGAUAGUUUAAAAGUUUACAUAAUUUUGAUCAUCUCCGUUGAUAAGUUUAUGUGCUAUCUCUGAUUACACUAUUGUUUUCACUGUUGAUUUAUAAAUAUGUUUUUCGUAUUUAAA